UUCAGUACUUUGCUAGACUGACAAUAAUAAAUCAACCUAGAUUAAAAUAUUUCUAAACAGUAAUACAGGUGCAAACAAAUCUCAGUCGAACGAUACAAAUCCGUCCUAGGAGCAAAUGGCCACAUCAGCAGUAGCAACAGCAGCAGCAGAUUCACACAAGAUGAAAGUCUUGAUAUGCAUUGAUGAGAGCCAAUGGGCUGCCGCCGCUUUUGAAUUUUACUGCAACUCGUUACACAAGGAUGGGCAUGAGGUUGUUUGCUUCCACUGCAUCCAUCCACCUUUCUAUCCAGGAGACGCCAGCAACGUCAACCCACACGUGUACCAGCUAGCAGCAAAAGAGGCCAUUACAAAAGCUGAAGAGCUCGAGAAGAAGUAUGCUCAGAAGAUGAAAGAGAAGAAGAUGCCAGGGACGAUAACAGCCCGACUGACGAACGAGCCCGGCUACGAGAUAGUUAAGAAGGCAGAGGCCGACAAGAUCGACCUCAUCAUCAUCGGGACGAGGGGAUUAGGAACCCUGAAACGAACCCUACUUGGAAGUGUCAGCCACUACGUCCUACACCAUGCCCACUGCCCGGUUCUCGUCUGCAACCACAAACACGAGUGAAGUCGUCAUCAAUAUUGCAUACAUUCCUACACGUACAUACAAACAUACAUACAUACAUACAUACAUACAUACAUACAUACAUACAUACAUACAUACACAGACAUGAUAUAUACAAGGAAUACUUAUAUGUAGGUGUGUGCGUGUGUGUGUGUGUGUGUGUGUGUGUGCGUGACUAUAUACAUAUACACAAAUGCAAAUAUAGAGUAAGUUAUUCAUUAAACCAAUUAAUUAAUUAAACUAUUAUUAUCAUUUAAGAUAUUAUUAGAGAAAUCAUUAAAAAAUUAUCUUAUAAACUGAAUUAAACUCUAAAUUAGCUGAUAAUAACCUCAACAUCAAGAAUGACGACUCUGUAAAGCUGCUUUUUCACAUUCAAAUUUCUUUCGAUAGUUGCCGUUUGAACUUUAAAAGCAAUCUUUUUUGCCAGCAGAUGAACUGUUAUGACCUGAGAUUAAUUAAUUAAUUAUAAAUUAAUUUUAAUUGAAUUAUAUAUAAUGAAUAGAGAAAAAUAAAUAGGAAUUUUAUUUUCCAUUAAUUUAUAAUAGAUACUAAGUGAUUUGUAAAAGAAAAUUUGUUCAUUUUUGAAUUAUUUUAAUAAAUAAUUUGUCUAAAAUACUAGAUCAUAAAAGUGAUUUAUUGAAUCAAUUAAAGGUGAAAUUGAGUAAUAUAUUCUGGAAAAGUUUGAAAAAAAAAAGUUGACAAAUAUUUUAAAAAAAAGUCCCACCAAAUUAGCCUCAAUUUUUCUAACAGUUUUCAAACUGCAUGCAUUAAUGUUGAGUGUGUCGGAUAUGUUCAAAUCUUCAAGAAAGCAAUUCUUCUCGGAAUGUCUGGUCUUUGGUUGCAAAUUUAAAAUAUGAUAAAUGUUUUAAAUGAAAAAUAAGUUAACACAAUUCAAAAUAUCAAAAAAAGAGCGAUUUUUAAAAGUAGCUAAUCUAGGAUUUAAUAAAUAUUUGAUUGGACUUGAAUUGAGAAUAAAUAAAUAUAUAUGGAAAAAAA